AUGGCUGGAGGUGAGGGCGAUGGCAAUGGCGAGCGCAGUGGCAAUGGUGAGCGCAGUGGCAAUGGUGAGCGCAGUGGCAAUGGCGAGCGCAGUGGCAAUGGCGAGCGCAGUGGCAAUGGUGAGCGCAGUGGCAAUGGUGAGCGCAGUGGCAAUGGUGAGCGCAGUGGCAAUGGUGAGCGCAGUGGCAAUGGUGAGCGCAGUGGCAAUGGUGAGCGCAGUGGCAAUGGUGAGCGCAGUGGCAAUGGUGAGCGCAGUGGCAAUGGUGAGCGCAGUGGCAAUGGCGAGCGCAGUGGCAAUGGCGAGCGCAGUGGCAAUGGCGAGCGCAGUGGCAAUGGCGAGCGCAGUGGCAAUGGUGAGCGCAGUGGCAAUGGUGAGCGCAGUGGCAAUGGUGAGCGCAGUGGCAAUGGUGAGCGCAGUGGCAAUGGUGAGCGCAGUGGCAAUGGUGAGCGCAGUGGCAAUGGUGAGCGCAGUGGCAAUGGCGAGCGCAGUGGCAAUGUGGAAUGGGAGGAGCAGCAGCAGUGGUGGCCCGGCAAUCCUCACAAUUCCUCCCAUUCCCCCCUGCCUUUCCCCCCUCCCUUUCCCCCCUCCCUUUCCCCCUCCCUUUCCCCCCUCCCUUUUCCCGCUCCCUAUCCCCCCUUCCUCACCCCUUCACAGCUCGCAUGGCCAGUGCAGCGGGAAGACGUGGAGAUGAGGGCGAGUGUGCAGCUGAGGGCGGUGGAGGGGGAAGAGCAGCAGCGAGCAGCAGUGGGGCGGAUACUCGAUGAAGCCAUGAGAGGAGCUGCUGCUGCACAGGUGGGUCGUGAUGUAGGGCGUGCAUGUAUGCAUGGCAAAGCAUGGCAGGGGCAGCAGCAGCAGCGACAGGCAGUGGGGCGGAUACUUGAUGAAGCAAUGAGUGGGGCGGCUGUUGCACAGGCGGAGCAGCAGCGCAGCAGGGAGGCGUGUGGGAGGAUGCAGAGGGAGGCAGAGCGGUGCUUGCAGCAGAGUGAGCGGUUCAGAGAGGAGAAGAGCCGACUGGAGGACGAGCUGCUGGGGAAGGUGUGGUGUGGUGAUUGCAAGGUGUGGUGUGUUGUGGUGAUUGCAAGGUGUGGUGUGGUGAUUGCAAGGUGUGUUGUGGUGAUUGCAAGGUGUGGUGUGGUGAUUGCAAGGUGUGGUGUGGUGAUUGCAAGGUGUGUUGUGGUGAUUGCAAGGUGUGGUGUGGUGAUUGCAGGGUGUGGCGUGGUGAUUGCAAGGUGUGGUGUGGUGAUUGCAAGGUGUGGCGUGGUGAUUGCAAGGUGUGUUGUGGUGAUUGCAAGGUGUGACGUGGGGAUUGCAAGGUGUGUUGUGGUGAUUGCAAGGUGUGUUGUGGUGAUUGCAAGGUGUGGCGUGGCGUCGCAGGGUGCGGUUAUUGCAAGCUUUGCUUGCAACCCAUUCCUGUUGGUCCUGAACGCCAAGAAGGCAAGGAUACGAGAGCUCAAGGCUGCUCUACAGGGGGGCGCAGUUCUCAACUCCAAGAAAGCAAUACGAGAGCUCGAGGCUGCUCUACAGGGGGGCGCAGGUGGGGGGGCAGGAGGUGGAGGAGCGAAGGGAGCGGGCGGAGGAGCAAAGUCGGGGAGUGGCGGUGCAGGGCGAGUGGGGAAGGGGCGAUGA